AUACGGUCAUCAAAAAUGGCAGACGUACCGAUCGAUUGUGAUUUCCCUGUUUGGGGAUUAUUACCUAAAAAAGAAACAGGGGUGGUUUCAUUUUUGACAAAAUACCCAAACUAUGAUGGCAGAAAUACAGUUAUCGCUAUCCUUGAUUCGGGUGUCGACCCGGCAGCGGCUGGGCUUAAGGUGACCAGUACUGGAGAGACAAAGGUUAUAGAAAGAUUUGACUGCAGCGGUUGCGGUGAUGUGGACACUAGUACAAUCAUUCGUAAGAUCGUUGAUGGAUGUAUUACCGGCAGCACGGGUCGCAAGCUAAAAAUUCCAGAAUCAUGGAAUAAUCCUACAGGGGAAUGGAGAGUAGGUGUCCUUUAUCCAUUUAGUUUAUAUCCUACUAAAGUUAAGGAACGUUUGCUAGAUCAUAGAAAGGAACAUCUCUGGGAUGUAGGAUAUAAACCUGCACUAGCUGAGGCUACAAAAAAACUACAGGAGUUUGAAGAUGAGAACGCAUCAAAAACAACUCUAAGUCAAGAUGAAAAAAUGCAGAAAGAAGAAUUGGAAGCUAGAGUAGAAGUAUUAAAAGAGCUUGAGAAGAAAUAUAAUGAUGUAGGACCCACUUAUGACUGUGUACUGUUUCAUGAUGGUACUGUUUGGAGAGCAUGUAUUGACACUUCCGAGACAGGUGACUUAUCUUCUGGACCAUUUUUGGGGGAAUACAGUGUCACACAUGAGCACUCACACCUCACUCCAUUGGAUGAGAUGACUGUUAGUAUUAAUGUACACGAUGAGGGAAAUACACUUGAAGUUGUUGGGAUGUGCUCAACUCAUGGCACUCAUGUAGCAGCAAUAGCAGCAGGUUACUUUCCUGAUGAACCAGACAAAAAUGGAGUGGCUCCUGGUGCGAAAAUUAUCUCACUCACCAUUGGCGAUAGUCGACUCGGUUCCAUGGAGACAGGAACGGCACUUGUAAGGGCAUGUAUAAAAGUAAUGGAACUGUCCAAAAAGAUGAAAGUAGAUGUCAUCAAUAUGAGUUAUGGGGAACAUGCUCAUUGGUCUAAUGCUGGACGCGUGGGCUCCGUCAUCAGCUCAGUGGUGAACCGCUACGGCGUGUCGUGGGUGGUGUCGGCCGGCAACCACGGACCUGCACUCGCCACCGUCGGGGCUCCGCCGGACAUCGCGCAGCCCAUCCUCAUCGGCGUGGGCGCGUACGUGUCGGCGGAGAUGAUGCUGGCGGCGUACUCCAUGCGCGCGCAGGGCGCGCCGGGCGCCUUCAGCUGGAGCUCGCGCGGGCCGUGCGCCGACGGCGCGGCCGGGCUGGCCGUGUGCGCGCCGGGCGGCGCCGUCGCCUCCGUCGCCAGAUUCACAUUACGCAAUUCUCAAUUGAUGAAUGGAACGUCGAUGGCCGCGCCUCACGUCGCCGGGGCUGUCGCGGCGCUCAUAUCGGGCCUAAAAGAUCGUCAGCUGCCGUACUCGCCGUACUCUAUAAAGCGCGCACUAGAGAACUCGGCCACGUUCCUGUCGCACGUGGAGCCCUGGGCGCAGGGCUGCGGCCUGCUGCACAUUGAGAAGGCCUUCGAAAUUCUUACCACCUACCACAAUCAACCAGAACGAGAUGUGACUUUCAAUAUAAAGUGCGGGAACAACAAUUCGAAGGGUAUUUUCCUGAGACCGAAGAUGGAGGAUGUCUCCAAGGACAUUGGCAUUACGGUUGAACCACAGUUUUUAGAGAACCAUCUGGAUGAGGAAAACAAGACAGUGAUCCCCAAGCAGAUCGCUUUCAGCGUGCGCCUGGCGCUCGUGUGCCGCGCCGCCUGGGUGUCGCACCCCGCGCACCUCGAGCUCAUGAACGCGCCGCGACCGCUCACCGCGCGCCUCGCCACCGCCACCCUGCCGCCCGGCCCGCACCACGCCAGUAUUGACGCGUACGACGUAACUUGCAUAGAGAAGGGUCCCGUGUUUCGCAUUCCCAUCACGGUGCUGCAGCCGCAGUCCCUCGACAACUCGCCCGCGAGCGCGCCGCAGAUAGACGAGAAAGAUGUACUGUUCCAGCCGUCCACCAUCAAGCGCCACAUCGUCGUCGUGCCGCUGGAGGCGACGUGGGGCGUGGUGCGCAUCCACCGGCGCGGCGGGGAGAGCUGCGCGCGCUUCCUCGUGCACGCCAUGCAGCUGGCGCCGCGCCGCUCGUGCCGCGCGCACGACACGCACCGCCUGCUCGCGCUCGCGCCGCACGCGCCCGCCGUCGCGCCCUUCCGCCUGCUCGGCGGCGUCACGCUCGAGGUGGUCAUCGCCAAGUACUGGGCCAACAUCGGCGACGUGACCGUCGACUACAGCAUCGAGUUCCACGGCCUGAAGCCGGACUUCGGCACCAAGCUGACGCUGUCGGGCGCGUCGCUGGGCGCCGUCACGCUGCGCGCGCUGCGCCCGCAGGAGGUGCAGCCGUGCGCCACGCUCAAGCACGUCGAGCACGUGUACAGGCCGGCGGAGUCUAAGCUUGCGCCGCUGACGUCCCGUGACGUGCUGCCGCCCUCGCGUCAGAUCUACCAGCUGAUUAACACGUACACCUUUCACAUACCCAAGGCGACCGAGGUGUCCCCGGUAGUGCCGUUGCUGUGCGACAUGCUGUACGAGUCAGAGUUCGAGUCGCAGAUGUGGAUGUUGUACAACAGCUCCAAGCAACUCAUGGCUGUCGGUGACGCUUACCCCACCAAGUACUCGGCCAAGGUGGAGAAGGGCGAGUACACGCUGCGGCUGUCGGUGCGGCACGAGAGCCGCGCGCUGCUGGAGCGCCUCGCCGAGCUGCCCGUCGCGCUGCAGCAGCGCCUCGCGCAGCCGCUCGCGCUCGACGCCUACGCCGAGCAGGCGCAGGCGUUGACCGGCGGCAAGAAGUUCACGGCUGCUUCCUUGACUAGCGGAGACCUACUACCUCUUUACUUCACACCCGCGCCGACCGAAAAAGUGUCCCGCUCGAGCUGCUCGGGCGCGACGCUGACGGGCAGCGUGUCGUUCGCCAAGGACGAGCUGGGCCACAAGGCGGACAGCUACCCGCUGUCGCUGCAGCCGUGCGAGGCGCCGCGCCGCCCGCGGGAGCGCGCCCGCGAGGACUACGCCGACGCGCUCAAGGACUUCUCCUGCGCCUGGCUCGCCAAGCUCGAGGGUGAGAAGCUAGAGCAAGUGUACGAGGAGCUGCUGGAGAAGUUCCCGGGGUACCUCGGUGCUCACAUCGCUUAUUUGAACGCGAUUGACCCUCCGACAGACCCCAAGAAAUUACCAAGUAUAAAUGAAGAACCGGACGUAACGACAGCUUGGUGCGAACAAUUAAUAACAAUAGCUGAUAAGGUUAUCAAACAAAUUGACCAAGAAAAGUUACUGGCGUAUUUAGGCAUGAAGAAUGACUCACGCAGUGAUGCUAGCAAAAUAAAGCAGGAGCGCGAGCGCCAGAAGUGCCAGAUGGUGGAGGCGCUGUGUCGGCGCGGCGCCGCUCUGUGCCGCCUGCGCGCGCUGGCCGCCACCAGCGACAAGCUGGCCGACGCGCUCACGCAGAACAUGCACGACCUGCUCAAGUACACCGACCUCGCCGACGCCAAGACGCUGCACUACGGCGUGUGGCACAGCGUGGCCGUCGGGCAGUGGGGGCGAGCGACGCGCCUGCUGCUGCGCCUGCUGGAGGAGCGGCCGGCGCGGGAGGCGGAGGAGCGCCUCGCCGGCCUGGCGCUCAAGCUGGGCUGGACCUUCCUCGCCGACCACACGACCCGCCAGCUGCCGCAGCGCUACCCCGCGCAGUACCGCCCAUUCUGAUCGCGCACAUACACACACACUUAACAUUGCACCAUAUCGUUUCGCAGAGCCGUCCUCAUCCCUUCCGACGCAUCGCCAUCAAAUAGUAUGAUGAGCGAGACGAGAAGUCUCCCAAACCCUUUUGUUAAUUUACAUACUAUACUCAUAUUCCAGUAACGUCCUUCUAUAUCAUUUGAAUCCAUCUUGUUCAAACAUUAUGUAAUUGCAUUUUAACACAAAUAUUGCCAAAGCAAUACUCUAUAAUGUUUGACCUUAAUUAAUUAAGCAGUGCUUAAUUUUAUUUUAUGCUUUAAAACUAUAUAUAUAUGUAUCAAUUUUAUUUCACUUUUACCAUUCUACGUAAAAUUACCUCAAGCUUAUGAAUAUAAUUAAAUUACACAAUUAAAAAAAAAAUCAAAAGCAUAUUCAAUUGGAUAUUCAUCCUCAGUUGUUUCAAUGAAUAAAUCAGUCAUUUUGAAUUUAAAGUCAAUCAAUGAAUUUAAUAUUUUUCACGAAAUUUAGGUCUUUAUUAAUGUUUGAAAGGACAAUUUUAAAUAAUAAAAUCCAUUUGCAAAUAAUUCCAUAGGCAAAUAAACAUUUAAAAUGCAUUUUACCCAAAAGGCAAAUGAAUUAUUAUACCAAUAGUAAUUCAAAAUGUCUAAUCUGUGUCGAAUUUGAUAACUUAAAAAAAAGGUUCUUUUAUAUGUUGACAUAGGGUGCUCAGCGUGUGCUCAAACACUAGAUCAAUACUUUUUUUUAUUUUAAUAGGUGAUAAUAAAUGAAUUAACAACGUCACUAUAGUUUUGUUACUUGAAAAUGUACAGCUAUUGUAUUUAAUCUGUUGAUAAUGGCUUCUGCGUUUUAUAAAGAUUUCGAAAUAAUCUUAUUUAAAAGUAAUACCUUGAAAGUAUUAUAUGCUAAAUGACAUUUCAAGUAUCAAAACCAACUGUUAAAGCAGUACAGCUCAUAAAAUAUAGUUCAUUAUAAUAGAAUAUCUACAAUCGAAAUGAACAUUUAAAAUAAAUUCUUUAAGAACAAUUUUGAAGCUCUUUUCUAAAUAAAGUUAAAUAUUGAGUUAUUUAAUAAUCAACAUUCGUUGAUAACAAGACUUAAUAUACAGAUACUUUAAAAUAAUUACUAUAUGAAUUAAAACUGUGUUCAAGCGGCUGAACAAUCUCUGCUUUAUAAUUUGCUACACAUAUACGGCACUAGAAAUUCAUAAAAUUUGCAUUUUUAUAUAAUGUCAGUCUGAAAUUAACUGAGCAUCAUAAAUAGAAUUUAAUAUUUGUUCCUACACAAUACACAAAUGAAUUAAAUGAAUUUUAAUAUUUCGUUUCUUAUAUAAAACGAUUGUUUUAAUAUGUAGAUAUUCUAUUGCAAUGUACUACAAUAAUAGUAUUCGGUAAAGGAUGUUACAGAUAAAUAUUUUGUUAAACUGGUCGACCGACUGAACGUGUUUGUUGAUAUACAUAGUCUAUAGUUAAAGCGAAUAUAAAACCUUAGACAAUUCUAGUGCAUUAUAGAAAAUUCUAGAUUAUAAAUGAGUUAAAGCAAUAAGUACAUAACCAAGGUGAUUAAAUAACUGAAAAUAAUAUCCAGAACCAUUUUCUCAAGUGACAUUUUGCUCUAAAAUUAAACUUGUUGGGUACGAUAAGUUUCAAAUGAUGCUCGAAUUCUGGUGUAACGUUUUUAUAUGUAACGCUGACUGGAAACGUUUCUGAUGAAAAAAUAUUAUUUUAUAUAAAGUUGUUUAAUUAUCUUGGGAAAUUCGAUUUAACUAUAAAGGGCAUUAGAGUUAACGUAGUGUUAUUUUUUUUUAUAUCGAUUAGUUAUAGUUACGUACGCAUGUUUAGCGAAUUUAGAUCGUUUCUUGUGCGACAGAAAGUCCAUAUUGGUGUGCUGGUUGUCGGUCGGUCGAGCUUCCCGCGAACUGGUCACGAUGUGCUUCGUGAUCAUGUUUAGAUGAUUUAAAUGAAUUGUUAAUUAAGAUAAUAAAUAUUUGUGACAAUUU